UCCACCUAAUUCCAAAUUAGAACCGAUCCCAAAUAUAAAUAACAUGACGGUAGCACCUUUAAAAAAGAGUAGAUACAUUGAUAUUGACAUAUCAAAUGCUGUUAGAUUUGAUCCGAUUUAUUCUAACACUUCAGGUUUCUUUGUAGCUAGAAUUAGAAAAAAAUUACCGCAUGAUAAUUAA